AUGAUUUGGAGCAGGCUCCGGCCCUUUCGACUUCUCGCAAAACCAUUUCUGCGAUCGAGGCGUUUAUACCAUAGGCUGCUCCCUGAGCAAAACUCCGGCAUUCUAUCGCUGAAGCCUAUAACCCCCAAUGAUGCGUUCGUUAGUUGCACUUUAUUCAAUAAAAAUGGUGCGGUGACUGCCGUCUCACAGAAGUUUCCCAAGUGGGCCUUUCUCAAAGAUCACAACUUGUAUCCGCGCGAUCUUCGAAAGAUAGACACUACAAGUGUUGAUGUGAUACCUAGUAUAGUUGUCAAACCCACCUGCAUUUUGAUAAACCUGCUACAUAUAAAGGCCUUGAUCCAGCACGAUUGCGUGUUCGUUUUUGAUACGUCGAAUUCAGAAGCCGCCAUGAAGCUUGGAGUGCUGAUGUAUGACCUUGAGUCAAAACUCUCUACAAACCCAAAUGCGCACAUGGCGCAACUUUACGAACAUCGAGCACUUGAAAGCAUUUUAAUGAACGUCAUGACCUCUCUGGAAACAGAAUAUAAGCAGCAUUACUCAAUCUGUGGAAUAAUCUUGAAAGAUUUGGAAGACGAGAUUAGUAGAGAUAAACUACGAGAUUUGUUGAUCAAAUCCAAGAAUCUCACUUCCUACUAUAAGAAGUCACUUCUCAUAAGAGAUGUGCUGGACGAGCUUCUAGACAGUGAUGAAGAUCUGGCUGCUAUGUAUUUAGGGGAACACAAAAACGAAAAUGAUGACUUUGCGGAUUUGGAGAUGUUGCUGGAAACGUAUUACAAGCAAUGUGAUGAGUACGUGCAGCAAUCAGAGACUCUCCUUCAGGACAUUAGGUCUACGGAAGAGAUUGUGAACAUUAUUCUGGAUGCAAAUCGAAAUGCCCUUAUGUUGUUUGAACUGAAAGUCACUAUUUACACCCUGGGCUUUACGAUUGCCACGCUUGUACCUGCGUUUUACGGAAUGAACCUAAAAAACUUUAUAGAGGAUAGCCCAUUAGGGUUUGGAUGUGUUGUUGGGUUUUCUGUCAUAGCCGCGUUGUGUGUAACCUGGUCCAAUUUCAAAGCCCUAAGUUCCGUCAAGCGCCUUACUAUGAUGAACAAUCACACAGGGGUAAACACAGCAAGACAUGCAGCAAAUGCGAGGCACGAGUUGAAUCAGGAAGCACCUAUACUAUGGAAGAAAUGGGCUUCUUCUUUGAGAACGGUAUGGCUGGGUAGCAAUCAUCCUGUCAGAAACGGAAAACACAGAGAUUUGAUAUGGAAAUGGCUUGUCGACGAUAACAAGAAAUGA